AUGGUGCGAAAGACGACCGCCGCUAUUGUCAUCCUUUCCUCCCUGAUCACCUAUGUUUCUGUCAACAGUCUGAUCCGGGCGAUCAAUCCCGCGGCCUUCAUCUGGUACGACGAGGACAACGACGAGUCGCGCUGGAUCGCAUCGUCCCGCUCCUGGGUUGACCGGAAAGCUUGUCGGUGGCUCGGAGCCUGCGGCGCCGCGCACUUCCGGCUGGUGCGCCCCCAUUUCGGCCAGCGGAGGCUCGCCCCGGAUGCCCCAACGUCGGGCGAUCCGGCCGAGUCGGCUUCCUGGCGGGCCUUCUGGCUCAAUGGGGGCAACCAGUCGGCCAAUUCGUGGGAUGAGGCAGAGCGAUCUCGCCGAGAGGUCCCCGAGUACGUUUUCCAAUACGCGCCCUUGGUCCAUCUCUUCUCGGGGGAACAAUUCUGGCCGUGCGAUAUUGCCGAGCAUCUCUACCACACCACGCCGAUGCUGAACUACACUCCCGUCAAGUCGCGAUGGGACCAUUCAACGCUACAGGAUCUUGAUCAGCUGAAUCAAUGGCAGAAAGGACGCACCGUCUUUCUGACCAGCAACGACGAUGUUGAAGAUCGUCCACCAUGGAUAGAGGGAGAGAAGAACAUCCCUAGCCCUCCCGAGGAUGAUUUAGAACAGUCUUGGGCUGACUGGGACGGUCGUGUGGAUGGGGAAAUCCCUGGGGAUUCGCCGGCGGAACGAGCCAAAUGGUACGACACGAAUCCGCCUCCGUCGAGCGCAGGAGAAGCCUUCGCCACCGAAGAUAAUGGCUACCUGGACGCCGAGGAUCUCCUGGCCGAUGAGGGAGCCCGCGACGAGCUGCGGAAGCGCUACGGCGGGGAACCGGUUCGCAUGGAGGUAACUGGAGGCCGUAGUGAUGCACCGGCUAUCCUGCUCGUCAUGGACAAAGGGAACGGCAUUGUCGACGCCUUCUGGUUCUAUUUUUACAGCUUUAACAUGGGGAAUGUGGUUCUCAACGUGCGAUUUGGUAACCAUGUUGGUGAUUGGGAGCACUGCCUCGUACGGUUUCACCAUGGCAAACCCAAGGCGCUCUUCUUCAGUGCCCACUCGGCCGGGGAGGCGUAUAGCUACGAGGCUGUAGAGAAGAUCGGGGAACGGCCGGUUAUCUAUUCGGCGGUGGGCACUCAUGCCAUGUAUGCGACACCGGGAAUACACUCUUACAUCCUGCCCUGGGGUCUCCUCCACGACCGGACAGAUCGUGGCCCGCUCUGGGAUCCCCUCCUGAAUUCCCAUGCAUAUACAUAUGACUAUGACAAUGAUACGCUCCGUGCGUCCACCGCCAGUCCUGACGCGCCCACGGAAUGGUUCUACUUCAACGGUCAUUGGGGGGACAAAUUCUAUCCCCUUGGGGAUCGUCGGCAGUACCGAUUUGCGGGUCAGUAUCAUUACGUGAAUGGGCCGUUGGGUCCUCGAUUUAAGCAUCUCAAUCGCCGCAAGGUCUGCCAAGGUCCCGAUGAGGACACCUGUGUGAUCAAGAACUACAUCGGAGAAACGAGGCGGGCCAAACGCUGGAGCAGCUUCGGGCCCGGGACGGAACGCAUUGUCUGA